AGAGAGAGAGUACGAUACCUCAGUCUGUUCGUCAUUUUGGAGAACGAGGGGUAGUGCUCUCCACUCCAAUCCAUCGACUGCCGAGCAUUUUCCAAGUCCAGGCGGUCUGAGCGGGUGUCGGUUUUGCUCGGAGGGGUCGACGAGGUCUUCCGACUAUUUAUUCCAAUAACAUAAUGGGGGCACAUUAAAGCAGUGGUGCGUGUGCUAAAGCACAAUAUAUAGCGUGGCUAUAUUUAGUUGUCGCCUACUUUCCCUAAGAAGUAAGUAUAUAUUUAUCAAUGUCUAGGUUUUGCCUAUUAAAAAAAACUUGUUUCUGGAUUAAACGAUUUGUGAAAUUAGCCCGUCCAGUCCACCACGCGCAUCUGAGCAGCCAGCACGAGGACCUUGGAUUUCUUUGGACUUUUACAUUUUUUGUAUCGAUGGUGGGUGAGCUGAAGCCUAGCUGCUUGUGAAGGUGUGAAGGGGACCCCCGUCUCUCUGCACACCCCCCAAGCCAGGACUCGCCAUGGCCGGAGUUGCGGCCUGGCUCCCCUUCGCCCGGGCGGCAGCCAUCGGCUGGAUGCCCGUGGCCAACCUGCCCAUGCCCGUGGCGCCCAACCAGAAGAACAAGCGGCAAGACGAGCUCAUCAUCCUCAACGUCAGCGGCCGGCGCUUCCAGACCUGGAGGAACACGCUGGACCGCUACCCGGACACCCUGCUGGGCAGCUCGGAGAAAGAGUUCUUCUACAACGAGGAGACCCACGAGUACUUCUUCGACCGGGACUCCGAAAUGUUCCGCAGCGUGCUCAACUUCUACCGCACGGGUAAGCUCCACUACCCGCGCUCCGAGUGCAUCUCGGCCUACGACGAGGAGCUGGCCUUCUUCGGCAUCAUCCCCGAGAUCAUCGGCGACUGCUGCUACGAAGAGUACAAGGACCGCAAGCGGGAGAACGCAGAGCGUCUACAGGACGACCUGGAGGACAACAAGGACAAAAAGCCGCCCAACAUGACCUGCCGGGAGACCAUGUGGCGGGCCUUCGAGAACCCCCACACCUCCACCAUGGCGCUGGUCUUCUACUACGUCACGGGCUUCUUCAUCGCCAUCUCGGUCAUCACCAACGUGGUGGAGACGGUGCCCUGCGGCACCUCCACCCACCAGAAGGAGGUGCCCUGCGGCGAGCGCUACACGGUGGCCUUCUUCUGCAUGGACACGGCGUGCGUGAUGAUCUUCACCGUGGAGUACCUGAUGCGGCUGUUCGCCGCGCCCAGCCGCUACCGCUUCAUGCGCUCGGUGAUGAGCAUCAUCGACGUGGUGGCCAUCCUGCCCUACUACAUCGGCCUAGUGAUGACGGACAACGAGGACGUGAGCGGGGCCUUCGUCACGCUGCGUGUCUUCCGCGUCUUCCGCAUCUUCAAGUUCUCCCGCCACUCGCAGGGCCUGCGCAUCCUGGGCUACACGCUGAAGAGCUGCGCCUCGGAGCUGGGCUUCCUGCUCUUCUCACUCACCAUGGCCAUCAUCAUCUUCGCCACGGUCAUGUUCUACGCCGAGAAGGGCUCGUCCUCCAGCAAGUUCACCAGCAUCCCCGCCUCCUUUUGGUACACCAUCGUUACCAUGACGACGCUGGGGUACGGCGACAUGGUCCCCAAGACGAUUGCGGGGAAGAUAUUCGGCUCCAUCUGUUCUUUAAGUGGGGUGCUGGUAAUUGCCCUGCCAGUUCCCGUCAUCGUGUCCAACUUUAGCCGCAUCUAUCACCAGAACCAGAGAGCAGACAAACGACGGGCGCAGAAGAUGCAGAAAGCGCGGCUGGCCAGGAUACGGAUAUCCAAGACGGGCAGCUCCAGCGGCUUCCUCCACAGCAAGCGCAACGGCCUCUUCAAUGACCCGCUAGAGCUAACGCAAAUACCUUACAAGAUGAACCUUUCAGAACAGGGUUCCAUCGAGGACGAGCAGCAGCUGAGCAAGUCCACCUCUCUGUUAGAGAGCCAGCACCACCACCUGCUGCACUGCUUGGAGAAAACCACUAACCAUGAGUUUGUAAACGAGCAAUGCUACCAGCAGAGCUAUCUAGAGGCGGGGCAGAACUACCAGUCUCAAAGCCCCUCCCUCUCCAGCCAAGAGGGCAUGACGGGCACCUGCUGCACCCGCCGCAGCAAGAAGCGACACUCGCCUCUACCCAACUCCAGCGUGCCCUCGGGUGCUCUGAUGCAUCCCCUGGUGCACCCACACACACAUCAACACGCCUUGCAGGAGCUGAGCACCAUACAUAUCCAGCCCCACACCACCAGUCGCUCCAGCCUCAACAUGCGCCUGGAAGAGCAACAUCCGCUCAACUGCCAGAGCGGGGGCAAGGUCACCACGGCGAUCAUCAGCAUUCCGACGCCGCCGGCGGCAAACAGCCCGGAGGGGGACGCUCAGCCGCCGGCGGUCCCCGCCCACCACCAGAACAUUGUCAAGGUGUCCGCGCUGUGAAGACUGAGCCGGGCUCACACGGGUCACGCAGGCUCAGGAGGACGCGAUGACAUUAGAAUAAAAAAGACUGGAAUAAGACUUAGGGUUGAGGGACGGCGGACCGGAAUCGGAUGGACUAGUUGAAGCUCAUUCAGAGGACGCAAAUCAGACCAAGGUGGAGACUGCCAUCUCCUGGACAUGUAGUACAAUGACAUGCACUCCCCGUGCGGAUGGUGGACAAUUUUUAGAUACAGUCUGUUCUCGGUUGGUUGAGGCCGGCUUGUGUGUGUGUGCGUGUUUGUCUGUGUGUGUGUGUGUGUGUGUGUGUGUGUGUGUGUGUGUGUGUGUGUGUGUGUGUGUGUGUGUGUGUGUGUGUGUGUGUGUGUGUGUGUGUGUGUGCGUGUGUGUGUGCAGUUGUCAAGAAAACAACAGCAAACCUGUUUGAUUUGGGAUCCCGGCAAAGGGUUGUGUGAGUGUUUAACAGAUCAGAGAUCUGUUUGUAAUGUGUCACUGUGCACAUAGCACCUUUAAUGAUUUGGUUUCAGUUUAAAAAAAAAGAAAUAUAUAUGUAUGUUUUUUCUAGAAGGAGAUAACAGGAAAAAGCUAUUGAAAAAACCUCUGAAAAAAAAGAAUAGACUUAGAAGCAGACUAUGAGAAACUUUUUCCACCGACAUAACUUUUGGUAUGAUGUGUCAUUCCGGUCUGCUAAGCUUUUGAUGGAUGAAUUAUGCCACCAUUCUCUUUGUGGUGAAAUAUUACAUCAAUAUCAAAUCCACUCGGGCAAAAAAAAUGUGAUUCAAAAAAGGUGAAACUUAUGAAGUAGUUUAAUACGUAUGCUUUCAUGAAUGUAUGCUGGGGAGAUGAAUUGUGAUCAAUCUUGUGGCUCGAAGGUUUGGGUGUAGGUGUGGGUGAUUGUCUAUGUUUUGUCAGUGUACAUGUGUGUGCAUGUGAGUGUGUGUCAGGCACACAUGUAUCCUUUGUGUGUAAGAUAUCAGAGACGUGAGUACUUCUGGAAGUUUCUCUGGCUCAUGGUACAGCUGCCACUCUGAACGGUUCAUCGUACACGUACCUGUCCAAAAUUCUCAGCUACAAGCCUUUUUACACAAAAUGUGCCUGUUUAGUUUGAGUCAAUAAAAAAAGGGAUCUAUUUAUCUUCCCUUCUUAUUUAAUUUUUCUUUUGCUGACUUUUCUCGGCCUUCGCAGUGCCACGGACCUCAACAGUACCCAAUUCUCUCAUAAGCAAACCAAAAAAACGGUACAAGUUCAACUAAAGCCACCACUAUUGAAUAAAAGCACAAGGUGUUUGCUGAGAAUUUCCGACAUUGAACUGUCCUGAGCCUGGAUUCUUUUGUGAAUAUUGUGAAUAGAAUAUUUUGUAAUAUUUGGCCAUCAUCUGGCAGACCAGUGAAGCUGUCCUCUCUUUCUCUUUCACUCGUUCUCUUCUGAUCUCUCUCUUGUUGUUGCCCUGUUCCGACCCGACCCCCCCCCCCCCUCCCUGUCCUGUGUGAUAACAGUUUGCUUUGCGUAGGUGUCCUAGACGUCAAUCGUUCCUCAAGAGUAAGCAGGCAUUUGUUUUGUUUUGUUGACUUUAUAGUUGGCCCAGAAUUGUUAAGUAUGUGUGUACACUAUGUGGUUAGCAAACUCUGUGAGUUAUUUUUUUUUGUUCUCAGUGUCUCCAGAGAAUUGUCUUAAUUCCUCACUGGAUUUUCUAUUUGAUUUUGUUCCCGAAGAACUUGAAGCCACGGUCGGCUGGCGACCACAGAGCGGAAAGGGGAAGGCAGGGUCUAAGGCGGAUGAUCCCUCAAAAGCUCCCCUUUGCUCCGGAGUACAUGGUGUGUCUGUGUGUAUGCGCGCGUGUGUGUGCGUGCAUGCGUGUAUGUUCUGUAGGGUUUUCAGUGUACAGGCUUGUAUCCCUGCACCACCGCCAUGUGACUAGACCAGCAUUUACCCAGUCUCCCCCCAGCCCCACCCCAGAAACAGACCGUUACCAUCAUUUCUAACUAAAGUUAAACGACACUCAGUUAGCCCAUCGGCCGCCUUAGCGUUUCAAGUGGAAUCCCAUCAUGGUGGCCAUGCGGACGCGGGACUGAUGGCAUACAGUUGGCAAGUCAGCUGGCUUUGUGUUGUGCAGAAGUGGACUCCUAGGUCAGACCACCAGUUACAAAAUCAUCAUUUGAGGGCUUGUAUUGGUGUAAACGUUAAAAAAAUGUAGUCAAAGGGAUUCAAAGUGAACUUUUUCCCAACAUCAAUGAAAACAAGCACAGGCAGGUGGGUCAGCUUACAGAGCACAUGAGCUUUAUUAUAGCAACAGAACCGUGGGUAUCCACCUCCCCAUCUGCUGGCUAGGCCGCGUGUCGUCACGGGAGCAGGGCUCUGCGUCUGUCGGGUUCUCGUCUCAACAGCAGUGGCUUAAAGGCCUCUUUUUACGUUCUGCACGCCGCAAUACAGAUUUAUUUCAGCCUUUGUGCAGCCGGUUAUGUCCCCCCCCCCCCCCCCCUGGUUUCUUUUCAAGCAGAAAGGAGGUCUCUGUGAUCGUGUUUGGUUGUCUAUUCCCUCCCUUCCAACUGUCGCCUUCCCUCCUUCCAUCGCCCUCUCCCUCGUUCUCGAUGCUCUGUGUCAUAUCUUUUUUCUCCUCUUUUAUACUUUUCCCGCUUUUUCUCUCCUGCCCCCUGUUGUUGUUGUUGAGGUAACUGCUGUCGUAUUUUGUCAGGUGUUGGAUAUUAUUUAUGACCUUGUCUUGUGUCCCAACUGUGAAACGCCUGAUAAAACAUAUAUCUGCCAUAAAUACA